AUCGUGAAUUUGGCAACUUCUUUUCAGUGUCAAACUCUAGAUCUGGCCAAAGACAUCUCUCAGUUCUCACACGUGUUCAGACACAAACCGUCGAUCUACAGAUUUUUUUCUACACCGUACGAUAAAUUUCCACCUGACACAGCAACCUCGAUUCGUUCUCUUCCUCCAUCGUUACGGCUAAACUCUCUCCAGUCUCCACACCACACCAAACUAGGGCUUCUUCGUUAACGAAGAACCGAAAAACCAAUAAGUUCUAAGAGUACAGCCGACCGCCGGAUUGCAAUCUCAGAUCUACGAUAAAACGUCUCAACAGCUUGAUGAAGUUCGGGGUGUUUUUUUUUUUUUUUGAAGGAAUUGAGGUGUCGGGAGUGAUGGAGAAGGAGCUGAUUGAGCUUUUCGAGGUAGUGAAGAAAGCGGCGGAUGUAGCCUCCACGGACGGCGGAGCAGAGUCGUCGCCGGAGGAAGAUCGGUGCCUCGACUCUUUGAAACGGCUCAAAAGUUUCCCCGUUAAUUAUGAAGUUCUCGUCUCCACCCAGGUUGGAAAACGUCUUCGACAUCUGACAAAACAUCCGCGGAAGAAGAUCCAGGCUUUGGCAUCUGACUUGUUGGAGAUUUGGAAGAAUAUAGUUCUAAGAGAAACGAUGCAAAAAAAUGGCAGCACUGACAAUAAGGAUUCUGAGAAAAUUGGACCUGCAGGUGCAGAGACUUCCAGGGCCAAGAAGCUUCAAAAGGUGAAUUCCAUGAAGGUUGAGACAGUUUCGAAGGUUGAAAGCGUGAAGGUUGAAAAUAAUGAUAAAAGUGGUAAGCUAGGCUCUGAGAAAAUAAUGAGGGCAGAAUCUUUCUCAACUGAGAAGAAGGUCGAUGUUGUCAAGAUUGAAAAGAGUACUGCUGAGGAGCACAUAAAGGUUGAAAAAGUAACCAAAGAAGAGAAAUCUGAUUUGAGAAAACCAGCACCAAACUCUAUUGCUCCGCCAAAGCUUACUUCUGUUCUUUCUUGUAAGGAUCCCUUGCGUGAUAAAGUCCGGGAACUUCUGUCAGAGGCUUUAUGCAAAGUUGCUAAUGAGGUUGAUGAGGAUCACAGACACGAAGUGAAUGCUUGUGACCCUUUUCGAGUGGCUGUUUCAGUGGAGUCUGCAAUGUUUGAGAAGUGGGGCAGGUCUAAUGGGGCCCAGAAGUUCAAAUAUAGGUCCAUAAUGUUCAAUAUAAAGGAUGCCAAUAAUCCAGAUUUCCGGAGAAAAGUUCUCCUUGGGCAAUUCAAGCCGGAGAGUGUUCCCGGAUUGACACCAGAAGAUAUGGCAAGCGAUCAAAGGCAACAACAGAAUGAAAAAAUUAAAGAGAAAGCCUUAUUGGAAUGUCAGCGCGGAGGUCCAGCAAAGGCAACUACUAAUGCGUUUAGGUGUGGUCGUUGUGGGAAAAAAGAAACUACUUACUACCAAUUGCAGACUCGGAGUGCUGAUGAACCUAUGACAACAUUUGUAACGUGUGUAAACUGCAAUAAUCAUUGGAAGUUCUGUUGAGCCUCUCUUGAAGUUACUGAUUUAAUGGCAUCAUAAGAUGAGCUCCCCAGGUAGGUUUGUAUUACUUUAAUUUGAUGCCAUGUCAGGUAGUUAGUGUUCAUUUAGGAUAAAAUGACUUUUUUUCAUGCCCAUAUGUGCUAGUUUAAGGGUAGUUUUUUUGUAAGAGAUGUUAUUUAAUAGGUCAAAAAAUGUUUAUUUCUCUGUUACAUCUUUUAUGAAGUACUUAUCUGUGGUUAUUAUUCAUGCUCAUAUGUGCUAGUUAAGGCCAAGUGUUG